GUAGCGGUACCUACUCCUCAUUGUGAGCGGCGCGUGUCCCCGUGUCAGUGGUAACAUUCGUUCAGGAGACGUUAUUCGUUUGGUAUUUACGGUCAUCUCUCGUAUACCAUUUCCGUGUUGGUGUUUUUAUAUUCAGUGUUUCGGAUUGAUUUACGUUAAAAGUUUUAAAUUAGCUUCAAAAGUGAUAAAUUAAAAUAAGAGUCUGUUGCUGCUAAUUGUAUUUUUGAAAAGUUUGCGAAUGUGCGGACAUGCAGCACGAUGAUUCCAGCGAAUUUUGUCGUCUCCGGAUGACAUGGUGACGGUGUGGUGUUCAUUACACUCAUGUUACUUCAGCAGGGACAAAAUAUCAUUACCAAUUCUCACGGUGGCGGCGGUCAGCAGAAGAAUACCUCACAUCUCUUACAGUCUAUACAGAACAGACUGAUACCGGGAUGGAGUGUACAUUUAGCCAACGAUAAUAGGCUCUACUAUUGCAAUCACGUCACUCAAACAGCGUCUUGGCUGCCGCCCGUAGAGGCGUGGCCCAAAGAUCCGACUGCCAAAUCUCUACCUUACGGCUGGGAAGAAGCUCUAGACGGUGAUGGAAGACCUUAUUUUAUCAAUCAUCUCACGAAAACUACUAGUUAUGAGGAUCCCAGAACUGAUUUAAUUGAAGAAAAUCCUAAACCUAGAUUAGUCAACUUAAGGAGACAUCCAGAAUUAGGGUUUGGAUUUGUGGCCGGAAGUGAGAAGCCAGUUAUAGUUAGGUUUGUUACUGAAGGCGGACCAAGCGAUUCAAAGCUACUACCUGGCGAUCAAAUCCUUAGGAUAAACGAUGAAGAUGUUCAAAAUGGUCUAAGGGAUUAUGUCAUCCAGCUGGUCAGGUCAUGUAAUGAAACUAUUACAUUACUCGUGUGCCAACCUCCUCUGGACAAUUCGGCCAGAAAAUCUGCGUUACUCAGUUCGGCAAAAAAAGCCAAGCUCAAGUCAAACCCAUCUCGUGUACGUUUCGCCGAAGGUGUACUUGUCAACGGAUCGCCAUCAUGUCCGGUAUCUGCAUUCAGCGGUGGCGAUCCCAACAUUGCUUUGUUACCUAAUGUGCUUAAAGUUUUCCUGGAAAAUGGACAAACCAAAUCGUUCAAAUACGACUCGACGACCAAAGUAAAAGAUGUGGUGGCUUCAUUACAAAAUAAAUUAUGUAUUAAGGCCGGCGAACACUUUGCAUUGGUGCUCGAGCAAGUCAAAAGUCUCCGGAGACAUAAACUUACUUUGUUGGAUCCCGAACACACUUUGGCUAAGGUAGCAUCCAGACCGGGGUCUCAUAAUUUGAGGUGUUUGUUUCGGGUUGCUUUCGUACCUAGGGAUGCCUGUGAUUUAGCUCAGAAAGAUUUGAAUGCGUUUGAAUACUUAUACUUACAAUGCUGUAACGAUGUUGUGCAAGAAAGAUACGCUCCAGAACUUAAGUAUGACAUCGCGUUGAGAUUGGCAGCGUUACAUAUUCAUCAACAUGCUAUGGCAAAUAAUAUACCUUAUUGUAAGGUCACAGUUAAAGCCAUAGAGAGAGAAUUCGGAUUAGAAAAGUUUGUGCCGAUUUCGCUUAUGGAAUCUAUGAAAAGAAAAGAGUUGCGAAAAUUGUUGACACAUCUGUUAAAACUUAACCAAACAAUGACGGGAACUAAUUAUAAAACACUUACCGCCCUACAAGCUAAGCUCUACUACUUGACUAUUAUUUCCGAACUUCCUAGUUACGGGGCUAAAUGUUUUUCAACAAACGUUCGUGAUUGUAAUUUAGAAACAGUAAUAUUAAUUAGUCCAAAAAUGGGAAUAAGUCAAAUUGUGGGAUUACGUAAUAGUAUGCCAGUUCCUUUAGCAGACAUAGAACAAGUUACUAUGAUAAAAGUACAAAAAGAAGAUCAAAUUUCUAGUAAAGUCACAUUAUUUUUACAAAAUACUAUACAAAAGGAAGUUAGCUUUUGUAUGGAAGAUCGUGACGCAGACGAAUUUAUUCUUGUGAUCAAAGGUUAUUUUAAACUCCUGAUGGCUUUGUCUUUGCCCAUAGAUAGGGAGAACGAUUCUUCAAUAAUUGAUAGUGCGCCUCAAUAUUACUCACAUCACAUUGUCAAACCGUCAAUUUGGAGUUAUGAACCAUCUACUAUAAAUGCUAAUGAACAAGAAAAACUAACUAAUUUUGCGUUCAGUCCUAUGUAUACGCCAUUUAAUCGUGAUAUGUUGAAACCAAAUGAUUAUGGGUCGCUCAACAAAACUAUAUGGGCGGGUAUGCAAAAUGGAAAUGUGGAUAAAAAUAUGAAUACCAUGUCUUUAAAAAGGCCACCAAAUGGUCAUAUAAGUUUCAAUUUGAAUGGUGAUGCCAAAAAUAAAAGUGGAAUUGACGUUCAAAGCGUGGUGUCUAUGGAAAUAUUAGAAGGUAACGACCAAUCAGCGGAAUUACAUAAUGAAGAAGUUUUGAAAAGAGUGGCUGAAAUGCAACAACUAGUAGAAAAUUCUGAACAAUAUCUAAACAGACACCAACGAGAAUCAAGUGACUCGGAUGGAUCUCACAUAUCAUCUGAUGGUUCAAUAUCGUUGCCCCCACCACCUCCUCAUUUAGGUCAACUAAAACAUAGUGACUCCUUACUAUUAUUAGCUCAAAAAGGUUCUGAAGACAGUAUAACUGCUGCAGUCCAAGCACUUAACUUGGGAGAUAUGGAGAGCGAUACAGAAUCUAUUAAUACUCCUUCAACAAGUCCUUCUCAUCGUGGUCGUAAUUCUAAUAGGGAUUCUGAUAUAAGUUUUGGAUUGCAUAGCCCUGAGGGUCUUGUCGCUUCAUCCGGUCACGAAGCUCUUCAAGAACUGUGGAAAAAUUUACAAGAAGAUAAUAGAUCUUUGCCAAGAAAUAGUUUAUACUUAGAGCCAGAUCUCAUUGAUUUAACAUUGUUACCACCACCCACAGAUAAAUUAAAAGUCAACAAUGACCAAACUAAUGGAUCGACUGCAUCAGCAGGUAAUCCAUGUAGUUUACCGCCUACCUUUUUCGCGGACUACGACCACAACAAUCAACAAAACGCUUCAGAUAGAUUUUUAGAUUCAGUAUUAGACCAAGGAUUUAAGAAUAAUUCCAAUUUAAUGAAUUUAGACUUAGAGUCAUUUUUAGCCACUAUGACCAUACCACCACCUCCCCAGACUAACGGAAAGCAAGAAGAAAAACAGGGAAACGUAUUGACCUCAGAACAAAUAUCAUCGUUCAUAAUACCUCCUCCUCCUAAACCUGCUUUACAAACGUCAUCCAUAAAGUCUUUUGAAUCAACUAAUUUACCUCCCUUGUCUACUAACUUACCACCCGUACUAACUAAUUUACCUACUAACAUACCAUCUGUGAGCCAAUCGCAAAAAUAUCAACCUGUUAUGGUCACUGGUAAUCACUCUGUAAAACCUCAGCCGUUACCUACUACUGUGCAAUUUGAAGAUACCCGAAACAUUCAUGUCACCUCGGCUAGUUCUGUCACUACUCCAGACGGACCUAAUGCCACUAACGAGAAAAAUUUGCCGGGAUUUUCAUGCUGUUCUAAAACUAAGCCACGUAGCCCUGAUAACCAGCAACUACCAUUUUUACCUACAAGAGCCCAAAAUAUGACUCUCCCGCGAGUCAAACCGAAAGUACCUCCAAGGAUUGACUCCACUUUGUCUACAAAACCUCCUCUUCCGCCAGCUCCUUCUCAGGAAACCCUCUCGCGAAACGGUAGUAUUAGUAGUAGUUAUACAACACAGAGGGAUGCAGUAUCGGUUAUAAAUGAAUUAAUUGAUCGAUUGAACGAGUUUAGUGAACAGUGUAACGCUGCUCAAGCACAAGGAGGUGGCACACAAUUAGACGAAAGCAAAUUUCAGGAAGCUAAAGACAUACUGUGUCAAGAAGCUAGGCAGCUAGUGACAUCGUCAAAAAUUCUUAUACGAUGUUACAUGAACCCUAAAAGUCCUGAAUUUCAAACCAAUCUAUCACAAUGUGUAACGCAAUUACGUCGGAUGACAGUACUUAGUGGAAAUAUGACAAAACAUACGUCAUCGCCACUGCAAACUCGUAACCUCAUACUUAAAGUAACUGACGUACUACACACGUUCCAUGGUCUACUAGUGGACACUGACGUUUGCACGGAAACACUAACCAAGCACGCCGAAGGAUUGGCUAACGUAUUAGCUAAACUGUUAAGAAGUCUGAGGGUAUUUUCACCAUGACGAUAGAAUGCGGUGGCCCGAGCAUAAGAAAAUCGGUUCCCAUCGCACUUUCGUUUAUUGUUAAAUAUUAUUAUUGUUAUUUUUUAUUUUUUGUUAACCUACCAAAAAACUUGGAGUAAUUUAUUUCUAUUUCUUUUUAAAAGAAGUAUAGACAUUUUAUUUUAUAACAUCAAGUUAAAAUUAACAAAUCUAUAAAAAAAAAUGUGACUUGAUCUAUACAUGUAAAUAGAAACAACAACACAACGAAGUUUAUUUACUCUUUGUAAAUUCCAGUUGUUUAAUUUAUGCUCAACACAUCACAAAUAUCAAACAAUUUAAUACAAAAAUAAUAAUACUAACCUCCAAUGCACAUCGAAAAACAAUUAAAUAACUUUGUAAACUUAAAUUAAAACUAGUUUUAGUAAAAAAAAAAACUAUUAAAAAAAAAUUAUAACAUUCAAAUUAAAAUUUUUCGCCAUUGUUUACAAAAAAAAAAAUGUCAUUAUUAUAAACUGAUUUUAACUCUCAACAAAAAAAUUAAUUUAACGAUUACACCUUUUGUGAUUUCGAAAUCACACGUCAACAAGUCACAUCAAGUAUUUUUUUUUUUUACCUGCACGAGUGAAGACUAAGGUAAUGCUGAUCCGUUACAAGUCUAAAGAAAUUUAUCAAAAUACGAUGUGGAUUGGUGUUAUUAUUGCAUACUUUUGGAUUACUUGUUAUAUUUUUAUGUAACAAAAGUCUAGUCAAUUUUUUUUAUUAAGUUGAUUAGUUAGAUAAUAUUUGUUUUUUUUUAUCAUUAUGCUAGAGUAUACGUCAAUUAUUUAAGAUAUUAUUCGCGAUACACAAAAAAGUCGUCAAAUUAUUUCUCGUGUUUUAAAAAAUUAAAUAUAUUGCUCUAGUAUCCUAGUAAAAUCAAUUUUUUGAUAAUAUAUAAUUUUUUAAAAAUAACAAAAUUUAAAAUAUUCGUAUAGCUUUGUAUCAUAUAAUUUAAUUAUUUUCAUUCCUUUUAGUAUGUAAACAUGGGUUAUUACAGUUAAUUUUCAUUGCAAUAACAAAUUAUUGCGAUGUCAAAAUCAUUUAUUAUUAUUAUUGAUGAAAUGUGUAUUAAUUUGUAUAAUGAAUUUAAUCGAAAUGUAAUAUUAAUUACCCGUACUCGUUAUAUAUGUGUGAAAAUUAUAUUUUUCUUUUUGUAUGGAAUUUCAUAUUUUGCAACAAAUAAACACAGUAUUAUUAUUAUAAUUGUAAAAAAUCGAUUUGAUGAUUCUGUGAAUCUUACAUGAAAAUAAUACAUUUAUAAUGUUUACAUA